CUAUCUAAAAUUUUCUAAUUUAUAUACCAGCCAGUUCGUCCGACUGCCGCGCCACGCCUCCCGCCGCCGCCAGCCAGUUCGUCUGACCGCCGCGCCCAGGUGUACUGGCAUUCAACUGGUUAAUCCACUUUCUAAGGGCGUUUAUAAUUGGGGCGACUUUGUGUUUCUCAUCUACGUGCUCUAGUUAUGGCUUCAGAGUUUGAGACGAUCGAGCAAAGACUGAGAUCUUUUCAAGGCCAGCUUCUGUCGGAGUUUGGCAUUCUCGAUCGAAUUGUCUAUAAAAACAAGAACCAGCACAGAAGAUGCUCAUACUUCCAGCACCUCUCAAAGGUGAGAAGAGACCUGAGGCUUUUGAAAUCAGCAAAACUGGAUGAGAUACUCACUUCCUCCUUUGACAUCAUCCAUGGAAAGAGGCCCAAGCAAAAGCUUCACCUCCUGGAAAGCCUGAAGAGAAGAAGAACAACAACAGAUGGCAAGAAGCAAACCUUCUUAGAUCGGCUCCUCGGCGUUGCCCAUCUUUUGUCACAAAUGGUUGAACCAGUGCUGAAGGCAGCAAUGCAGGUAUCUGUUCUUCUUGCCCAGUCGUUCUUCAUGGGGUUUUCAUUAACUGUCCUGGCUUUGCUGGCAAGAAUCAGAGUCCUCGUCCAACAAAUGCUUCUAGAUGUUGUUUGUGUGUUCAAUUGCGUGUCGUCCAUGUCCCAAAAGAAGCAAUCUGUGAAACUGAACACCGAAGGAUUUGAGGUUUUUAAAGAAUAUUAUCCUGCCAAGGGGCGCGCUGUUUCCCUAGAAUGUGUCUGGGAAACAGACAAGUACAAGUUAAUGGUGCGAAAAGGUGAAUCUCAGGAAGAUGAAAUGAAACAAGAUGAGCCCAUCAAUCCGCCGAGAAUCAAGUACCAAAGCAUUGAGAUGUUUCUAGGAGAUGAUGAAGUUCCAGGAGAUGAUGGAUCAUCCGUGUCUCAUGGGAGUGGAUCGUCAUUCCAAUUGAAACAUAAAUCUGAAGCGAAGCGUAGUGUUGCAUUUGUGCCUGUGAAGAGGCCUUCUCUGUCUUCGUUGCUGCCAUCUGCAAAUGAACCAGGGCUUUCAUUUCAAGGAAUGCAAAAUGGUGAUCCUUCAACUAGAGAAGAAGAUGAAGAAGAAGAUCCUUUUUUCAGUUUGCUAACUGGAGGAAAUAGGAACAGUACUUUGUUCUAAUCAUCAUAAGGAGGGAGUAGAAUAAGUUGGAAUGAUUUUAAUUUGGUUUUAUUAGACUCAAUACACUACAAGGAUAUGGUUCUGUUCCUCUAAAACACAUGUUCAUGCCAAAAAAAUAUGAACACAAACAUUUCCUUUUGUUGCAUUUUUUGUCAUAUUUUAAUGCAAGUUUUUGUCCUGAAAUUCAAUGCAACAUUCUCUCUUUGUAAAAUAUUUUCAGGAUUGAAUUUCUCGUAAUUUUAAAAAUGUUGAAAGUGAAUAUGGCUCAUAAUAUGAAAAAACAAAAUGAAAACUAUUCAUGGCU